CUUAUUAAAUAGGUGACAAUGUAACUUGUGUUUUAUCAUAAUGGUUAUAUCCAGAGGAGUCGCUCAAACGGAGGCACUUGCCAAUAGAAAUGUUGCUAACCGGUACAGGCUAAGGAAAAAACUAGGCCAGGGACAAUAUGGAACCGUCUACCUGGUGGAAGAUGAUCAGAGCUUAUACAGCGAAGAAAAGUUGAAGGUGCUGAAAGAAAUUCAUGUAGGUGAGAUGCCACCUGACGAGACGAUAGAUGCGAUGCGAGAGGCUAAAUUACAGGCCAAAUUAGACCAUGUGGGAGUGGUGAAAUGCUUUAACAAUUUCCUGGACAAAGACUUCUUCUGCAUUAUAUCAGAAUAUUGUGAUGGUGGCGACCUUGGGCUGCUGAUUGAAAAAGCAAAGAAAGAGGGGUCACAUUUCUCAGAGAUCGAUAUUUUGGACUAUUUUUGCCAAGUUGUAUUGGCUACACGAUACAUGCAUCAAAAACAGAUUCUCCAUCGCGAUUUGAAGCCGAGGAACAUCUUCGUGAAAGACAAUACGUGUAAACUUGGUGACUUUGGGAUAUCGAGGGUGCUGAUGGGCACUGCUGACAUGGCAUCGACUUUCAUUGGUACCCCUUACUACAUGAGUCCAGAGUGCCUUAAGCAUGAGGGAUAUGACGCCAAGUCAGAUAUGUGGUCAUUGGGAGUAAUACUAUACGAACUGUGCACAUUCGAGCAUUGCUUUGACGGGGAGUCAAUGAUGGCAGUCAUGUACAAAAUAACCCAGGGAAAAAUACCUAAACUGCCAGAAACCUUCAGUCUCGGACUCAGAAACAUCUAUGAAAAACUGGUGCAGAGAAACCAAAAUAAGCGGUACAGUGCUGCUCAGGUGCUAAAAGACCCUUUCAUCAGCAAUCACUUACAGAAAAUGAAAAAGAGAGUUUCGGAAGAGUGGGUACAUUCCAUAGAAAUUGCCAAAAACAUACUGGACCAGGAGCCAGCAGAACCCAACCUACCCAACGUAUCUAACGGGCCGACGGAGGCAGCGCUAGCCGCUCUCAGUGACCUCUCAGUUGGGUUCAUAGUCUCAGACGAACUGAGAGAUAAUGAUGACACUCUGGCACCUCUGGCUCAAACAGUGAUUCACAAUGGGGGAGGAGGAGGGGCUAAAGAUGCAGUUGGUGGGGGACUAGAGGUGGCAGAAAUCAAGACUGCGACAGAGUUGGCCCAGGAGAGAAAGAGGAAGAAACAGCUGGAAGAGGAGAGACUCAUCAGAGAAGCGACGAAAAACACUUGGCUGGAAAACUACAAACACCGGGAGAACGUAAAGAGGCUGUACCACAGCCAGGAUGCAACCAUAUCUGUGGCCAUGCAGCCCCACCGACUACACCCCCCUCCUUCAUACCAGAAGACACACCCCUCCACUCUACCCACCCCCUCCGAGUCUCAACCUCAGAUGUCGGCUCAGUACUCCGGUCCAGUAUUGCCCAAGCCUACUCGGAUAUCUUCGCCAGAGUCUGUAGCACCGAAGCGAGUGGCCACUGCACAGGGGGACAAGAAGCCCCUGAACCUCAAGGCCUCUCUCAGUUCUUCCCCCGAAGACCAGGACAGAUUGAAGAAGUCAGAUGUGGACGAAGACUCAGGCUUCUCUAGUGUAAAUGCAAGUAAUGACAGCUCCUCACAUCAGCAGCAGGACAACUGGAACAACCGACCAAUCACAGCCAAAAAUAGACUGUUCGAGGAGAUUCUGGAAGAGGAGUUGCGCAAGAGUGGCGACGUGAGUGGAGCACUGGCGGCUGGGGGAUCCAAGGCAGAGUACAGUCCCUCGGGAGUGAUCCCGAAGAAGCCUUUCGUGCCUCUGAAGAAGGGUAGUGGCAAGAUGGCCUACAACUCACACAAGCAACAGCUGCAAAACAAUCAGAGAAGACGCAAAGCAAAAAAGAAGAGAGCUCGGGGUGGGGACGAGGCGGAUGGAGGCAAUGGGAACGAGAUGCAGCUGGAGUAUGACUAUGAGGAUGAUUUCGAGGACUAUAUUGCAUCCGACCCAGAAAUGGAUCCGGACUACGAUUCAGAUUUCCCUCCAGAAGACGAGCAAGGACAGGAAGAAGCAAGAGAUGGGCGAGGGAACAGUAAAAAUCCAGACAACAGACCCCUCCUCUUCGUGGACGCCUACUCUCCCUCUGUCAAGGCCAAGAAGAUGGAGAAGAUGCGGAGCGAAUGCAUCUCCAAAAUGGGACUGAAAAACUUCCACAAAGUGUACAACUAUCUACUCACAGCGCGGCAAAGAAGUUCUAAUGAAGCUAUGAUUAUGGAGGACCUUAUGAAGAUUCAUUCGGUCUCGGAAGACAACUUCCAAGUGGAUCAACUUAUCUUCUUGGAAAGCACUUCAUAAAUGGCAGAAGCAUACACUGUCCAUCUGCACUCUUUAUGGUGACAGGGAAAAUGUAGAAUAUUUACAGUUCUUCAACUUCUGCUACUCAAAUAAACUCCUGCGUUCACAUGGUUUCAGUUGACUACAUAUCAUAUCAUUACUAAUUUGAGUCUAAUUGUGCUGCUUUCAUCAAAAUUAUUUUUACGAAACUAUCUUUUAACUUGCUAAUAAUUUCCUCUGUAUAAAUUUCUCCUGUAAAUAAACAAUGUUGUAAAUACAAUAAAGGUCUGAAAACCUCA